AUACCAUUAAAUAGUAAUAUCAAGAUCAAACUUUCAGCGUGCUCUUCUUUUUCCUUUCCAUUUCUUUUAGCAUCUUUUCCCCUUGAUACAGGCAUUGUCUAGUCCUCUAGCCGAGGAUAAGUCAACUUAAAAGCAAAACACAAAAAUUACUUAGAUUUUCACCAGAAAUUGUAAUAGUUCUUAUCAUCUGAAUUUUUUUUCUAUUAGGGUGUUCUUAUACAAGUCUUGUAUAAAAUCCAGCACAACUUUCAUUUGUGCUUGCUUUCCUUGUGCCAAGAGCAUGUCUGUGCUUGGACAAGCAGUUCUAUCUGCUUUUCUUCAGGUAUUGUUUGACAGGUUAGCUUCUCCAGAAUUGCUCAGAUUCGCACGCCAAGAGCAAGUUUAUGCUGAAUUCAAGAAAUGGGAAAAAAUACUGCUCAAAAUACAUGCAGUGCUUGAUGAUGCAGAAGAGAAGCAGCUGACUAACCACUUUGUGAAGAUUUGGUUGGCUGAGCUCAGAGAUCUGGCUUAUGAUGUGGAGGACAUAUUGGAUGAAUUCACCACAGAAGCUAUUCAUCGUGGAUUGGUUAUUGAACCAGAAGCCAACACAAGUAACCUACGCAAACUUAUCCAUACUUGUAACAAUUUGAUUCCAAGUAAUACUGUGUUUAGAGUUAGGUUGGGAUCCAAGAUGAAAGGGAUAACUGCUAGGUUGCAAGAAAUUUCAGGUCAAAAAAGUGACCUGGAUUUGAGAGAAAAUUUGGAAGGGAGCUCCAGCAAACUUAGAAAAAGAUUACCCACAACUUCUUUGUUGAAUGAAGCUCAAGUUUUUGGCAGGGAAAGUGAUAAAGAUGCUGUACUUGAAUUAUUGUGGAAGGAUUAUGUCUAUGAUGGCAAAAUCUGCGUAAUAGCAAUAAUAGGCAUGGCUGGGGUAGGCAAGACAACUCUAGCACAACUCAUCUACAAUGAUAACAACGUGAAGGAUUUUUUUGAUAUAAAAGUGUGGGCUUGUGUAUCCGAUGAUUUUGAUGUUUUAAGCAUAACAAAAACAAUUCUUGAAUCGAUAACCCAGACGACUGUUGGUUCCAAUUUAAAUUUGCUUCAGGGUAGACUACAAGAUGUACUAACAGACAAGAAAUUUUUGCUUGUUCUAGAUGAUGUUUGGAAUGAAAACUACCAUAAUUGGGAUGUCCUUUGCAGUCCUUUUAGAAGUGGAGCACCAGGAAGUAAAAUAGUUGUCACUACUCGAAAUGAAGAUGUUGCAUCAAUCAUGGGUUCUGUUGCAGCUUACCAUCUAAAGGAGCUGCCAUAUGAUAGUUGUUUGCCUUUGUUCACUCAACUUGCAUUAGGAACUAAUAACUUCGAUGCACAUCCUAACCUGAAAGCAAUCGGUGAGGGCAUAGUGGAGAAAUGUAAAGGCCUGCCUUUGGCAGCGAAGACACUUGGAAGUCUAUUUCAUACUAAAGUAAGCCAGGAUGCAUGGGAGGAUAUACUUCACAGCAAAAUAUGGGACUUACCUGAAGAGAAAAGUGGUAUCCUUCCAGCACUAAGAUUGAGCUAUAAUUAUCUACCUUCUCAACUAAAGCAGUGUUUCGCUUACUGCUCAAUUUUCCCUAAGGACUAUGAGUUCAGUAAAGAUGAAUUAAUUCUUUUAUGGAUGGCAGAAGGUUUCUUGCAGCAACCAAAAGGAACAAAGCGAAUGGAAAAUUUGGGAGCAAAGUACUUCGAUGAUCUACUAUCAAGAUCACUGUUCCAGCAAUCAAGCAGAAAUGGUUCACGAUUUUUAAUGCAUGAUCUCAUCAAUGAUCUAGCUCAAUAUGUAGCAGGAGAAAUAUGCUACCGGUUGGAGGAAAAGUUGGGGAAAGUGCAAAAAGCUCGACAUGUGUCCUACAUUCGUCACCGAUAUGAAGUCUUCAAAAAAUUUGAGAUACUUUAUAAAGCUAAAAGCUUGCGCACUUUCUUGCCACUGCCAGUUCUAAUGACAAUUAGUUGGCGUAAUUUUUAUAUGACAAGAGAUGUGAUAUAUGAGUUGCUUCCAAGACUAAGGUGUUUAAGGGUGCUAUCCUUGAGUGGUUAUUGCAUUAAAGCGCUGCCAGAUGUGAUUGGCAAGUUAAAACACUUGCGUUAUCUUGGUUUAUCUCACACUUUGAUCAAAACCUUGCCUGUUUCUGUGAGUAACCUCUGUAAUUUACAAACUCUCAUCUUACAUAGUUGCACUGCUCUUCUGAAGUUGCCUGCAGGCAUUGUGAACCUUAUUAAUCUGCGCCACCUAGUUAUUAGUGAUACGAAAAACCUGCAAGAGCUACCCUUAUUUAUGGGUAAACUGACAAACUUGCGAACACUGUCUAAAUUUAUGGUGGGGAAAAGCAGUGGAUCAAAGAUAACAGAGCUGAGGGACAUGUUGCGUCUCCGUGGGAAGCUUGCCAUUUCUGGCUUGCAUAAUGUGGCAGACAUCUAUGAUGCUGGGGAAGCAAACUUACUGUUUAAACAGGAUCUUCAAGAGUUGGUCCUGGAAUGGAGCAACAAUAUUGAACUUCAAGAUGAAAGGGAUGGCAGAGUGGAAAUGGAUGUUCUUGACAUGCUGCAACCUCAUAAGAACUUGAAAGUACUGAAAAUUGAAUUCUAUGCAGGAAUGGCAUUUCCCAGUUGGAUUGGAGAUCCUUCAUUCUCUAAACUCAUGAGCUUAACUCUUAAAAAAUGUACAAAAUGUUCAUCACUGCCAUCACUUGGGAAACUGCCGUUUUUAGAAGAUUUGUGCAUCGAAGGCUUACAAAGUGUAAAAGUUGUAGGCCUUGAGUUCUAUGGUGAGGAUGUCUCCAUCACGCCUUUCCCCUCAUUGAAGAAAUUAACAUUCAGUGAUAUGUUAGAGUGGGAGGACUGGUCUUCUACAAUUGCAGAAGAAACAUUUGACAGUGAAUUCCCUUGCCUCUGUGAGCUUCACAUAAUGAAUUGUCCUAAGUUGAUAAAGAGAUUGCCAAACAACCUACCUUCACUUGUAAAACUUGAUAUUAGUAGAUGCCCAUUGUUGGAAGCUCGGCUUCCCAGACUUUCAUGUCUUUAUGACAUGAGUUUGGAAGAAUGUAAUGAGGUCACAGUAACAAGUUUAGCUCUUCUAACUUCAUCUUCACUCACUAAACUGCAGCUGCGGAACAUCUUAAAUUUUAGCCAAUUGCCUGAAAGAAUUAUGCAAUGCUCACCAUUACUUAAAGUUGUGCAGGUUAGCAAUUGUACUGAAUUGACAACUUUAAGGCAUACUGGAGAUCUACUGCAGGACAGUAAACUUGAAAGAUUGGAAUUACAUAACUGUGGUAGCUUGAAGGAGCUGCCCGAUAGGUUCUUCAGCUUCACAUCACUCUCAGAAUUAAAGAUCAAGCGAUGCCCAAAUCUUGUGUCUUUUCCAGAGCUGGGGUUUCCAUUAAUGCUUAGACAUCUUAUUAUUGAAGAGUGUGAAGCACUUGAAUGCCUACCUGAUGGAAUGAUGACAAAUAGAAACAAUGAAAGCGACAAUAUUUCUCUUCUCGAGAGAUUGGAAAUCAUUAAAUGUCCAUCUCUGAAAUCUUUUCCCAGAGGUGAGUUACCAAACAGGCUUAAGGUGUUUAAGAUAUGGGACUGUCUGCAGUUGGAAUCACUUCCAGGAACAUUGUUACAGAAUACCACAUCACUCGAGUGCUUCAGUGUGCGGAAGUAUUCGAAUUUGAAAACCUUACCGGAGGGCUUACAUUGCCUAACUCAUCUUAUUGAACUGCACAUAAGCUAUUGUGCUGGUCUAGAGUCAUUUCCAGAAAGAGGGCUGCCUGCUCCAAACCUAAGAAGGCUUUACAUAUUCAAUUGUCCGAAUCUAAAAUCCCUGCCUAACAACAUGCAAAGCCUCACUGCACUCCAGCAUUUACAACUAUCUAGUUGUCGAGGCCUUGAAUCAUUUCCUGAAGAUGGGUUACCCUCCAACCUAACAUCAGUUCGGAUCAAUAACUGUGAAAAUCUCCCACGACUAUCUGAGUGGAGAUUACACAGACUCUACUCACUCAAGGACUUAACUAUAUCUGGUGGACGUCCACAUUUGGUGUCUUUUGCACAAGAGUGUAGGCUUCCUGCAGCUCUGACAUAUCUUUGCAUUGAGAAGCUCCUAAAUCUAGAGUCUUUAUCGAUGGGGCUCCAGCACCUUACCUCACUGGAGGUAUUGGAAAUUAGAGAGUGUCCUAAGCUCCGUUCCAUACCAAGAGAAGGUCUUUCUUCCACUCUUUCUAUAAUACAAAUUUCAGACUGUCCUAUUCUGAAAAGACAGCUGCUGAAGAAGAAAGGAAAAUAUGCAUCUAUUAUAGCCAAUGUCCCACGGGUGGAAAUAGAUGAAGUAUUACUGCAAUGAUCCAUAAACAAGAUAAAUUUUCAGUAUUCUCAAAGGUAGGCAAAGGAUGCAUAUGGUACAAGAAGGCCUCAUCAUAGACAUGGGCUUUUCCGCAUUUCGGAAAUGUUUUCAGGUAUCAAUUUCCCUGUAUAAAAUACCGUUUCCCCGUGUAAAAUUAUAUUUUAAAUGUCGUUUCCCCAUAUCAUUUCCGUUUCCAUGCAACAAAGGCCAGUUUCAUCAAUUUAGUGUACCUGCUUUCUCUUCCAUGAUUAUUUUUCAUUAGGAAGUGCUAUUGUUAAGAUAGUUCCCAGUAGGCAAUUUUGAUGUUAACCAAAAUGAAUGAUUCAACAGUUUAUUUCCUCUAAUUCUCUGUUCUUAUCGAAUUUAAACUUGUUCAGCUAUGAUUUCUGACGCAAUGGCUACUUCUGAAUGUAAAUUUUUACA